AUGAAGUUCCUAGCAACCAUCGCCGUACUGGCCGCAACGGCCAUGGCCAACCCCGUUGCCAGGGCCACGAAAGAAUUCCAGUUGAAGACUUUCGGUGCCAAAAACUCUCACCACAAUAACCUCUACGUCUACGCUUACCACACCGGUGCGGGUUUCAAUGAUGCUGUGCUGGACAAGAAUGGCACCAGCGCCCCAUCGUUUUAUCUCAACGGUACCACUGCUUUGACUGCCCUGGGGACUGAUUAUCCUUGGGGUAUUAUUGCCACUGGAGACACGAACUAUGCCUCGUGGGAGCCGAUUGAAAUCAAUGUCGGUGGUGGCUCCGAGGGAUUCUCCAUCGAGAAGGGCAACUUUGUGUGGUCUGAGGCUGACGGCUUCGGUGGUUGGCUCGUUUGUGAUUGGUACCACAAUAGCCCUCAGCUAUUCUACUUGAACCGCUACUACACGCCUACUAUUCCUUCAAGCUGCAGCAAGGCUCAGCUCAAAGCCGUCUACACCAAGUAG